AUGCUCGGUCAGAACGCCGUGGCCUUCUUGUUGAAGAGCCGAGCUCCAUCGAUGGUCUUCGCAGUCCGAUGGAAUUGCCCUUGGCAUCGAAGCAACUGGAAACCGCAUAUCUUCCCCUUUAGAAUGAAGGAACGUCUGGAAAAGGGUAAGGGACAAGGCGAUGGAUGUUAAUUUUUGAAAUUCUUGGAGGGGAAAUUGAAGCAAAUCUGGCGAAAGGAUAUGUUUGAAUCCUACAGGGGGUAUUGUGUGUUUACAGACGGAUUUCCGAGCUUUUGAGCGAUUCCGGGUUUCGUGUUGGGACCAAAAUUAGUAGAAAAUAAUACCACUACCGAUUGCUUGAUGUUAAUGAAAACAGUAGAGUCAAGGGCGUUUUUGAUAAAUUUUAGGACCAUUUUUGACCAGUUUAAGGAGUUAUUCUACUAAUCCGAUGUUGUUUUUUAGGCUCUCUGGAAGCCCGUCUCUCAACCCCCGGAGGCCGCGAAAUUGUGAUGCGCCGAAUCCUCCGCGAGCAACCAUUCCUCGGCUGGAAUCACGACAACCGUCCCAAGAAACACCGCCUCUCUUAUCCACUGUAA